GUUGGGCUGUAUGCUAGCUAGCUGCAGCAGUGAUAAUAACAAGUGAACGCUCCCGGGCAGUGAGUGACGUUACUGUGCCUUGGUUUUGGCGGCAGCAGCCGACCCCUGCCGGCCGCCAUCAGAGCUUCGGCAAAACCUGGGCAGGUCGCGAAAUUUCCCGCAGCUGUCUGCUCUCACCCACGGCGCUGGAUGUUGUUGCUACCCACCUAACAAACCCAACCCCCCAUCCAUCGGCCAUUCGAUUUCCCUCAUGUUGCGGACAUCGCUUCGAUCCGUGAGGGGCCUGAGCAGCAGGUCUGUCGCUGCUGCUUCUGGCCGUCAAUGGCAGGCAGCGGCGGCGGCACGGCCUGCUGGGCUCGCUGCAAGGAGAUACUUUGCCGACGAGAAGACCCCCGCCUCACAAGUCCCUAAACCACCAGCAUCAGAGACGAACACGGCGUCGACCAGCCCAACACCCUCCACACCGCUCGAGAACAAGGUCGAUGCCCAGACCAUACCCGCCGAGAAUGUGCCUCUGACCCCUCCAGCCCCCGAAGACCUCGCUGCCGUCACAAAGGACGACAAGUCCGCAACUCCCCCUCCUCCUCCACCACCUCCUCCUCCUGCGGGCAAGGGCUUCUUCAGGAGGCUACGCAACUAUGUCCUGACCCUGGUCCUGCUCGGCGCCGUCGCCUUUGGCGGUGGUGUCUGGUACUCUCGCAUCAACGACACCUUCCACGACUUCUUCACCGAGUAUAUCCCCUACGGCGAGCAGGCCGUGCUGUACCUGGAGGAGGCCGAGUUCCGGAAGCGCUUCCCCAACAUCUCAAACCGUGGCACCGGCGCACGACGCGAUACCGGCGAGGCCGUGCGCAUCCCAGCGUCAAGCGGCAUGUCGUGGAGGGUAGCAGACAGCGGCGAGCCCGCCGGCAGGCAGUCCAGCGCCGUUGACAAGACGGUCGCUGCGAAGAAGGAGGCAAAGGCAAAGGAGCCCGCGCCAAAGCCACAGCCCAAGGCCGAGGCACCCAAGCCCGUGGAGCCCAGGGAGGUCCGCCCGGUGGCUGCUGCUGCUGCUGCUCCUGUCGCUGCGACCUCCGACUUCAAGCCGCCAGAGGUCAACGAGCCCUCCCGGUUCCCUCCGGCGGCUCCUCUCGAGCCCAUCUAUUUCCCCAACGUGAACGAGCCCGUGGUCCAGGACCUGGCGCACAUGCUGAACAACCUCAUCGCCGUCAUCAACGCCGACGGCGCCCACAGCAAAUACGGGUCCAGCAUCGAGGCCGCCAAGGGCCAGCUGAAGAAGGUCACCUCGGAGAUCGACCAGAUCAAGGCCAGGAUCGAGGCGGAGGCCGCCGCCAAGGUCAAGGAGCGCGUCCAGGACUUCGACAAGGCCGCCAACGACCUCGUGACCCGCGUCGAGUCGGCCAUGGCCACCCGGGAGGCCGGCCUGCAGCGCGAGUUCGAAGAGGAGAUCAAGAAGCUCAAGGAGGUGCACGACCAGCGGGUCAAGGUCAUGACGGAGCGCGAGCGGCAGGUCAGCGAGGCGCGCCUCGACAACAAGCUCCUGGAGCAGGCCGUCGAGCUCCAGCGGCUGUUCGCCAAGGAGAUCCAGCAGCGGGUCGAGCGGGAGCGCGACGGCAGGCUGGGCAGGCUCGAGGAGCUGUCCAGGUCCGUCAGGGACCUGGAGGAGCUGGCGGGCGGCUGGAACGACGUCAUCGACACGAGCCUGCGGACGCAGCAGCUGCACGUGGCCGUCGAGGCCGUCCGCGCCAGCCUGCAGGACUCGGCGGCCCCGCGGCCCUUCAUCAAGGAGCUCGUGGCGCUGCGCGAGAUCGCCGCCGACGACGCCGUCGUCAACGCCGCCAUCGCGUCCAUCAACCCGGCCGCCUACCAGCGCGGCAUCUCGUCGCACCAGGACCUGGCGGAGCGCUUCCGCCGCGUCGCCGCCGAGGUGCGCAAGGCGAGCCUGCUCCCCGAGGACGCGGGCGUCGCCUCCCACGCCUCCAGCCUGCUGCUGAGCAAGGUCAUGUUCAAGAAGCAAGGGCUCGCGGCCGGCGACGACGUCGAGAGCGUGCUCACGCGCACGCAGACGUUCCUCGAGGACGGGGACCUGGACAAUGCCGCGCGCGAGAUGAACGGGCUCACCGGCUGGGCAAAGACGCUCAGCCGGGACUGGCUCGGGGAGGUGAGGAAGGUGUUGGAGGUCAGGCAGGCUCUUGAGGUUAUCCAGACAGAGGCCAGGCUGCAGAGCCUGAAGGUCGAGCAGUAGAAAGGAACCCGGGCUCAUAGGGGGGUUUGCUCUGGUUGCAAAGCAAGGGGGAUGGGGACCCGGGCCAAUGGUCGGACGAGCGAGCGUGCCUCAGCAACGUCCAGCUUAGCUGGUCGAUCGGCAUCCUCCUGUAGACGGUUUUGUUUUGUCGCGGCGAGCGUCGGCGGGCCGGGGGGCUGCUUGGCUUCUUCGGUCCAGUCCAGCCCUGCCCUGCCCGUCUGUGUAAGAGAUAAUUCAUUAUAGACGUGAACCAAGAAAAAAAGGGAAAAUCAAUGG